UUCGCAUACCUGCGCCGCUUCCAAACUCGAAAAUUCGCGUGUUGUGCGACGAUCCUGCGAGCUCAGUUGAAGCUUGAACUGUGCUACUGUGAACUACUGUCUGUGUUCGGAAUAAAAUACAGUUCCACAGUUCUCGGAAUAUGGUUCAGCCACCUUAUUUAUCAUCAGAUGUUGCAGAUAACACGUAUGUCCCCGAACUCCCCGAUCUGCAAUAUAAUAUCCCAUUGCCGGCCAUGCCGGCAAUGAACAACGAGCAGCAGCGAUUCCAGCUGCUACUCGAGCAGUCGCGGAUUAGGGAACCACCAAACCAUCAAUUUGCCACAGUACAACAGUGGCACGAACUAUCGCAGGAAGUACGCCGGUUACAAAGUUUUAAGAUAGAACUUCAACAGAUGGUAUUGAGGAAUAUAGAUGAGAAUAAGCAGACAUCUCUGCGCCGUAAUCGCCGUAAUCGACACUAGGUUAGACACUCCAACGGAAGAAACAUGGCAAGGAAUGACCGAAUUACCGGACUUUAUUCAAUUCAAGCCCUUUCCUGGCACGCCU